AUGUCUCUGCCAGCAGAAGAACCCAGAUUGGGGCAGGAGGAGCCAGAGCUGGAGCCAGAGCUGGAGCUGCUGCAGCAGGAGGAGGAGGAGGAGGAGGAGGAGGAGGAGGAGGAGGAGGAGGAGGAGGAGGAGGAGGAGGAGGAGGAGGAGGAGGAGGAGGAGGAGGAGGAGGAUUGGGAAAUGAUACCUGAUAACCUGUCAGCAGAGGAUGAGAAGAUAUUCACUGCAUUCUAUGUGAAAAUGAAUGGACAUUUCACAAAUGCACAGUACAACACCCUCAACUUCACCUAUCCUGAUGUCUUCUACGAUCUCCCCUAUAUUGAAUGA